AUGCAAGACACCGAUCAAAUGGAAUUUAGAGGAGCGAAAAGAUUUUCUAAAAAAAAGAAUUCCUGUCUGAUAUGUCUUAUAACUGGACAUCAUGCGAAGAAAUGUAGGAAAUAUCCUAAAUACGUCAUCUGUGAGAAGAGACAUUACCCAAUUAUGUGCGUAGAAUUACAAAAGUCAACAAAAAAGAGUGAAGAUGAAAAGUCAAUGCUCAAACAGUCGACAAAACAGAGUACUGUUCUAUUGCAAACCGUCAAGUUACAUUUAUUUCACGAAGAUCAAGUUGUUACAGUAAGAGCUCUACUAGAUUCAGGUGCUCAACGCUUUUUUAUUAGAUCUGAUGUAAUUGACAAACUAAAGAUUGUACCUACAGGCAAUGAACACCUAAGGCACAAUUUAUUCGGAGGGGUCUGUAAAAGUCUUGAUAACAAAUAUAAACUACAAAUAGAGGCACUCGAGCAAAAGACAAUAUGCGAUAAUUUGCCAAAGGUGAAACCAGGUAUACUUUUGUCACAACUACAAGCAAAAGGUAUAAAUAUUACUGAUUGUGUUGAUGAAGUGACUGAGAUUUCUUUACUAAUUGGUUCUGAUGUUUUAGGUUCGCUGUACACUGGGCGAUCAGAACAUGUGAGUGAUAAUUUAGUGGUAAUCGAGACGAAAUUCGGUUGGGUAAUUCAGGGACCUACUUCCGGUAUGUAUUCUAUUUUUACUUCAGUACACGCUUGUUCAUUUGAUAUUGAUGACUUGUGGAAACUAGAAUCCAUAGGUAUUAAAGAUGAGGCGCAAGUAAAAAGUAUUAGGAAACGCGAGGAAGAAGUCGAGAAUUUCUUUCGAGAAAGUAUAGUCAGAAAUGAUGAGGAUAGGUACGAAAUUAAAUUACCAUGGAAUGAUACAGCUGAUUUAUUAUCUCCUAAUUAUAAUUUAGCUUUAAAACGUCUUCAUUCAACUACCAAUAAACUCAAUAAAUUAGGCUUAUUGACAGCUUAUGAUGAAGUAUUUGGAGAAUGGUUAGAUAGUAAUAUAAUUGAAGAAGUUGUAGAUGAUAAUCCGCAAAUUGGCCAUUAUUUACCUCAUCAGGUCGUUGUUAAAGACUCUAGCCUUACCACGAGAAUUCGUCCGGUAUUCGAUGCGUCUGCAAUUACUAAAGAAGGUGUUUGUCUUAAUGCUUGUCUCGAAAAAGGAAGUAAUCUUAUAGAAUUAAUACCCAAAUUACUUAUUCAAUUUAGGAAGGGCGCUAUAGGUAUUACUGCCGAUAUAAAGAAGGCUUUCCUACAAUCUAUUCACCCAGAUGACCGUAAAUUUCUCAAAUUUUUGUGGUGGAAUAAUCCCGGUAGCGCAGAUAGAAAACUAAAAGUUUUUAGGCAUCGUCGCGUAGUAUUUGGUGUUACGACAAGCCCUUACCUCCUGUCAGCUACAAUACUGUACCAUCUUGAGAAAUACGAAUGUGAAAUGGCCAGUCUAUUGAAGAAUAGUUUUUAUGUUGAUAACUGCAUUGUUAGUGUGAAUAAUGAAGUCGAAAUGGAGAAAUUUAUCAUCGAAGCUUUAAAUAUUAUGAAUGAAGGAGUAACUUGGAAUUCACAAACAGACGAAUUGUAUUGUAAAGUUCCAUUUCUAAAACAAAUUGAUAAAAAACUUACUAAACGAGUACUAUUAUCGAUGGCUCAGAGCAUUUUUGAUCCAAUCGGGUUUCUUUGUCCUACUACACUGAUACCAAAAUUGUUAAUACAAAAGUGUUGGGAAAGGACAAUGGACUGGGAUAAGGAACUUACUCUCGAAUUAGAAAAGUCUGCAAAAGAAUGGCUCCAACAAGUAUCAUCAAUUGAGAAAUGUCGCAUUCCACGAAGAUUGAGCAAGUGUAACCUGUCUGAUUGUAACAAUACCAUUCAUACCUUCAGUGACGCAAGUCAAUAUGCUUAUUCUGGUUGUGUCUUCUUGAGGUCAGAAUAUGCUGGUGUAGUAACAGUGCAACUUGUGCUUGCUAAAGCGAGGGUUACACCAGUAAAGCCCAUCACUAUGCCAAGACUGGAACUUAUUGCAGCCUUAUUAGCUACUCGAUUAUGUACAGAAGCAAAAUAUGCAUUGCAAUUAAACUGUAAAGAGUACUAUUGGACUGAUUCCAGCAUUGUGUUAGCAUGGAUUAGACGGGGAAUUGGUCUUAAUGUUUUUGUGCACAAUAGAAUUAAAGAGAUUACAGAUAGGAGUCACGUAGAUGAUUGGCAUCAUGUGCCUGGUGAACUCAAUCCAGCUGAUCUUCCAUCGAGGGGUUGUAAUGCUGAAAAUCUUUUUAAAAGUCGUUGGUGGGAAGGUCCAGAUUGGCUUAAGAAAUCCCAAGAACUUUGGCCUUAUUGUGAAGUUCCUCCUGAUGAAAGUGAAGUUAAUAAAGAAAUAAAGAAAACAUGUUUAACUGUCCAGGAAGUUUAUAGAUUUACUGACAGAUUUCUUUAUUUUGGAAAAUACUCAAAAAUUGUUAGAACUGUAGCAUGGUGUUUAAGAUUUAAUAAAUACGAUUGUAAUAGACAGAAUAAGAAGGAUAUUACUGCAGAAGAGUAUGAAAAAGCAGAAAAUCGGUUAUUAUGUUUAAUACAAAGAGAGACAUAUGGAGAUAUCAAUGAAGUGAAAACAAGACUUAAGUUGGAUAUAUUUAAAGACAGUAAGAAUAUUAUUCGUGUAAAAACAAGAUUAACACUAAGUGGUGAUACAGAAGACUUCGUAACUCCGAUGUUAUUGCCUGGAACAAAUUCAAUAGUGAAGCGACUUGUUCAUCGGAGCCAUGUUCUUGGUCUUCAUGCUGGAACUCAAACUCUAAUUAAUAUAUUAAGGGAAGAAUAUUGGAUAGUUGGUAUUAGAAAAUUAGCAAAAACUGUCGUACGUGAAUGCAUUAUAUGUAAACGGCAUAACGUUAAAGCUUGUACUGUACCUUUAGCCCCGUUACCUGCUGACCGCGUAACAUGUAGAGUACCCUUUGAAGUAACAGGAGUUGAUCUAGCAGGACCGCUAUAUCUUAAAUCAGGUGAUAAGUGCUGGAUAGUAGUAUUUACUUGUGCUACUUACCGAGCCUUACAUCUGGAAUUAUGUUCUUCACUUAGUACAGAAGAGUUCCUUUUAUCCUUAAAGCGCUUCAUUGCUAGAAGAGGUAGGCCCAGAAUCAUAUAUAGUGACAAUGGCACUAAUUUUCGAGGGACGAACAAUAUCUUAUCGACUGUUAAUUGGGAUGACGUUUCUUCCAAAAUAUCAAUCCAAAAAAUAUCAUGGCACUUUAUUCCACCUCAAGCGCCAUGGUGGGGUGGAUGGUGGGAGCGUAUGGUUCGUACUAUAACAGAAAUUUUGAGGAGAGUUUUAGGCAAAGCUGCUCUUUAUAUCGAAAAAAUUAAUACAGAUCUACAACAAAGAUUUCGAUCAGAAUAUUUAUCUUUACUAGUACAAAAGAACACUAAAAACGAGAACAAUCUCCAACCUGGGGAUAUCGUGCUUAUAGGUUCAGAUGAUUUGAAGCGCGUUAACUGGCCUUUAGGUCUCAUUUUAGAGAUAUGUUUAGGUGUUGAUAAUGUCGGUAGGGUAGCACGUGUUAAAACAGCAAAGGGUGAACGUGUUCGUGCACUGCAACGUUUAUUUCCUUUAGAGUUAUCGAGGUUAGAGAGUAUUCAGUUUCCACAGUCAUCAGGGUCAAAUGAUAAAGUCGCAGAUCCCGCUCUUGAGCCCGACAAUCUUUUGAACAAAGACAACACAUUCUGGUCGUCCUGUGAAACUGCCUCGACGUCUAAACCUGUGAUUUAUUUUUAUUUUAUUGUUGUUCUUUAG